AUGGAAAUGGAGAAAUGUUCAGAAGCAGAGAAGGGUUGUUUGGAGUUGAACCCAGAUGGGGAAGAAGACAACAAGACUGAGGAGCUAGGUUUCAAGCCAAAGGUUAGAAGUGUAAUUCCGGCACAGAGGAAGCUCGUGAAGACCAUGAUUCUUCUUGAUAUAGUUCAGUUUUGGUCUGACAUUUCAAACGCUACUUUUUCCACCAAGGCUAAAGCAUCAAACGUGAAGAAGAAGAUGAUCAGCAGCCGCCUCGUCUGUCCAGCCCUGCCAUAG